AUGGAAAAGUUGAACUUCAACAUGUCUUGGGAAAACAGUUUUAAUUACAGCAACAAGAACCUCAACUUCAGUGACACUCAUUAUAACCAUAGUGAUGUCAGUGAUGUGGAUUUGGUUGAUCAAAUUCUAAUGUGGGUGAAUUGGAUCACUCUUGCCAUUGGACUUCCUUUAGUUAUUAUAGUGAUGAUUGCAGUUUUUUCCCAGGUGAAAAAGGACCUAGGUGCUCCAGUCUAUGUUAUCAACCUUCUCAUCGCUGAUCUCAUUCAACUCUUCUGCAGAUUUCUGAUGUAUCUACUUGGGGAAAGUCUAUAUGGAAAAAUUACCGCUGGCAUCGUACUUUAUAGUCUACUUGUUAGUGUUGAGUUCAUGAUGUGUGUCUCUUUUGAAAGGUAUCUGGUCAUUGCCAAGCCACUGUGGUACAGAUUCAGGAGAAACAUCAAGACAUAUGUGGUGGUCUGCAUUGUGAUGUGGAUACUUCCACUUCUCUUUCUGGUAUUUGAUGUUCUGACUCCAUAUGAUAAUGUGUUUUCCAUCAUGAUCACAGUUCUUCUCCUCCUGGCUUUUCCCGUGUUCAUCUUCUUCCUGGUUGGGACUAUCAAAGCUCUUUCUGGAGCGCUCAGUGUCCCAGCUGAUGAAAAACGACGAAUCGCAGCCAUUCAGGUUGUGGUGCUGAUUAUUUACACUCUGCUUUAUCUGCCCAUCAUCGUUUGGGUUCUGGGUUUCAUUAAGAAAUUAGAUUCUCAAUUCUACUUUAUUUUCCAUUUAGUGUCCAUAGUUUGUAUUUUCCUUAGUCCUCUUGCAGACACAACUUUGUAUUUGUUCAUACGGAAAAGCAUCCUGGAUAAGUUCCUGGCUUCAAUAUGUUCUUGUAAAAUAUCUAACAAUCAGGAGACAAGCAGCACAGAUUAUGAAAGCAGGUCUGCAACAAUUACUGAGACUGUUUAA